UUUUCUAGGGUUACUCAGAAAGUGUACACAAGAAACACAGAAGAGACUGAUAAUGACGACGAAGAAGCAGAAAGAAAUCGGUGACGGUGGCAAUUCUGAAGGGUCCAGUAAAUCUCUUGUUCCUUCUCUUCCUUUUGAUAUUAUUGCAUAUGAUAUACUUACCAGAUCACCGAUCGAUUGUUUAAUGCCGUUUAGAUGUGUAUGCAAAUCAUGGUCUAGUUUAAUCCUCAAUGAUUCCGAUUUUAUCAAAUUGCAUUCAAUUCGAAAUUGUGCAUCUCCUGGAUUUAUCGAUCUUUCUGGAAAUUAUCCCGAUUCAGAUGAUAGGAAUUUCAAUGGUGAAGGGCCUGAAUCAUUUCAAGACUGGCAGCGUGGUGUUAAAAAAUCCAAGGGAAUUUGUUUCUAUGAUAUUGAGAAACAAAAAUACAUGUUGUCCUAUUUUAGACAGGGUUUAUUUAACAAGAAACUCAAGAUUCGAGGAUCGUUUGAUGGUUUAGUAAUUUUAUCUGCUGAAGAAGGAGACCGUGAGUUUAGUCAUCAUGUUUAUAAUCCAAUUACUUGUAAUUCGAUUAAGCUUCCCAUUCUUGAUGGUCCAGUCGUGCAAAGACAUAUGGAUGAUCUGUAUUUUCAUUUGGUUUUUGAUCCAAUCAUGGAAAAGUUUAAAGUUAUUUGUAUUGGUUGUUAUUAUAUCGAAAUACUGCCUAGACAGAUUGUGCCGGUUGUGACUACACAGUGGUUCUUCAAGAUUGUUACUCUUGGUACCCGAGAUGGAAGUGAUUCAUGGAGAGAUAUUAAUAUUCCGAAGAUGGAUUUUUGUUUAAGAGGCAAAUAUAAAGCAUUGUCUGCAAAUGGGUAUUUGAAUUUUUUGUAUCGUUUUGACAGGAAAGUACUUCGUAUUGAUGUUAGUAGAGAAUCAUAUGAUACAAUAGAAUACCCAGAGGGAGCUUCAAAAACGUCCAAACUACUAGAGAUUGAGGGGUCACUCUGUAUCCUUGAUUACACGAAUUCUAGGCAACUUGACAUGGAUCGGUAUCACUGUCACUACCUUGAUAUUGACUAUAUGGGGAAGUUUGCACUAUGGUUUUUGACGGAGGAUGCAGAAACGAAGAGAUGGAUAAAGAAGUGUGAUAUUAACAUGUACCAUAACGCUUAUGAGGCAACACCGUGUAAAGCUGCUCCUGUUUUUGUAGCAGCUAUUUCAAAUCCUACACUGAAGAUCAUCUUUUAUGUUUCUACUAGGGAAUAUGAGUACGACCGCUUCACUGAGGAUCAGUACUACAGUUAUGACGUUGAGUUGAAAAGGCUGGAAUCUAUCUUCAGGCCAGAUGCAUCAAAUUAUCGUCAAUGGCAUUUUCACCGUCUUACCCACAUUUAAUCAACCUUUUCAGCUGGUAUGUAUUGAUCAGGAAAUUUUAUUUUUAGGUUUCUAGUUUAGCAAGUUGUUAUGCAUACAACAAUGCUAGUUUUACGUUGUAGUUAUUUUUUUUCCAUAUUUGAUUGACAGGAAUUUCCCUAUUUGACUUAUAGUAGUUUAGAAAAGUAAUUUCCAUCCUUUUCAAUUCUGUCAGCAAGUUACCCAUGCUGUUAAUGUUCCAUGUAGCUAUAAUUAAAAGCAAAAGAACAGGUUUCUUUUCAAACAGUUUUGAUAUAAACAUGUUGAUGGCAGCUAUUCUUCCUCAUACCGAUCCUUUCUGCACUAUAUGCAUGAAUGGUAUGGUAAUGAAUCUCUAACCUAUUUAUAUAUGAAAAGCAUUUUUUAAACAAGUUUCGGCCGCUAUGUACACUGAUUUAAUCUGUGUCUGGUAUCCAAUCACUAGAUUCAGAUUUUCAUUGCUUAGUUAUCUCUUUUUGUAUCUUUCCCCUAUUUAAUUUAAGUUGAGUUAUAGUUGAAUUUAGUCAAGCAUUUUAGGUACAUUUCAAAUUUUGAAGGCAGAGAGGACACAUAUAAGAUACAACUUAAUUUACUGGUAAACCAAAGUAUGCUCUCGCACUUUAUGAAUGUCGUAUGAGACUAUUUUUGUGUUUCUCUUGGAAUCCACAGAAUUGCUCUACUGCCACUGCUUCAAAAAUGUUAGUGUCAUUUUUCUGGUCAUAGGUACUUUUGCCAAAACUGGUACUGUCAACAUACAUCUGUAUAUGUCAUUGAUAUGGCGAUUUUGGAUUUAACUUACAUCACCUGAGCUUUAUUGGUGGUUUAACUGGACUUGUCUACAUUAGUGUUCGCAUAUACUUGUAGUUUCAUUUGUUUGAUUGGAGUUGUUGAGUCCUAGAAGGUGGAAGCUUAUUCAAACUAUAGAUGACGCAUAAGUAUAGAUUCAACAAAGUUUGUAAGCAGUGUUUAGUUUUGUUAUACUCGAGUUAGUAGAGAAGCUAUUAAACCCAGGAACUAUAUUGGACUGAAGAACUAACACAGGAUUCAUUAUUUUACUUUUACGGGGUUGCAAGAAUCGGUAAGGUUCUCCAUAAAUAAUCAAGUAAUUCACUUUCAUGAGGCUGCAGGAACGAUACAAUUACUUUCGAAAAAUUGCAGACUGUCACAAGCAAAGAAUUUGCCUCUUUAUCAGCAGAAUUGUUUCCGUGUCUUUGACUGACUCCCUAUUUGCAGAUUAUCUUGAACCCUUUUUGCAUCUUUAUUAGCAGCUUCAGCGUCAAUAGAAAAACAAUUAGCAGUUCUCUGCCUCGUCUCGAAAUGUGAAUGUUAAUAGUUGGUCUAGCUACCAUCUCUGAAUUCUGGAAAAUUUGGGUACCGAAUUCACUAAGAUGCCAUUUGGAUAAAUAGUUAGUGUCAUGUUUGAUUUAAACUUUUCCAUAAACACAGGUUACGGGUAUAUCGGCCAUUAAGCUCAAACAAAAAUGAAGUUUGUCAUGUUAGUCUCAUCCCAUAAUAUAGAUGGAGAUUCCAAUAAAUUUGAAAGGGCUGUGGAAAAGGUUAAAGGUUAAAAACAACUGAACGUCAUAACUGUAGUACUGAUCCUCAGCAUAGAAGAUACCGUCGUGUCAGGACGUCUACAUUAGAAAUGAAGGAAUUAUGUCCCAAGAUUACUGCCUUCAUAUAUUUCAGGAUGGGUUUCUCAAAGUGGUGGUGGUGGUGGUGGAUCGUCGUCGUCUGGUGGCAUUGGAGGAUGGUUGAUGAAGUUCCUUCUUCCAUUACAAUUGUGGACAUACAUCAAAAAUGUGGCAAGUGGAGUUAAGACAACCGGCUCAUGAGUUGGACCUAGAGGAAGGAACGCGUGGCUUUCAGGUGGACCUAGGUCAAUUCACAGGAAAGCCCUACUUGAAGCUUUAGCAGAAGAACUACCGGCAGAUUCCAUACAUUUCUCUUCAAAGUUGAUCUCAAUUGAAACACAGAUGAAGCUGCAUUAUCAUCGUCCAAAAUUAUCCUGCAUUUCAUACCAAGGUUCUGAUAGGGUGCAUCGGGGUACACUCAGUUCAGGACGAGCUGCAGUGGGCGGGCUAGCUGUAUAUCCUGUAGAGGAUUGUUUGGAACAUGCACCUCUAAAAUUAAUAGAUUCUGGCAGGAGGUUUGGUAUUGUUCCCAUCACCGAUAAAAAAGAUAUACAGAGAAGACCUGUCUUCAACUUGGUAAUUUUUGACUAAUUAUGUAGAUUUCUUCUUGAUAAAGAUGGAUAGAUGCUGUUCAAAUUUGGGGAAUGUAGCUCAGAUCAGAUGAUAGAGCGCUAGCUUAGCAUGUCAUUUUCUCCAGUUUUUCUAGAAAACAAAUGGGCCCAAACUGCCACAAAAUGAUUAUUGGGCUGACCAAAUAUUUUCAAUUUCAUGGGGACGCCUGUUCGUUUGGAUUUUUUUUUUUUUUGGCACGACUUUUCGAAGUAUUUUGCUUGAAUGCAUCGGAAUGCUGUUAGUCAAUUUUGUAUCCGUGACCUAAUGUGGCCAUAGUUGAAUUGAGAAGCUUUGUAGGUUUAUUUCAAGUCGGGCCAUUUAUGCACUAUGCUCCAUGAAAGAACUAGAGUCUCUUGGAGCAAGUCUUAAUAUGGAAUCCAAGUUAU